UGGGGCGGCUGGCAUUCGCUACUUAAACCUCUUAUUCUCCAGUCUAGGAGAUCGACGGCGCACGUCAGACUCUGCCGCACAAUCCAACGGCCCAGGGAGCACCGCGUCGCGGAGGGCAACUUCAUGAAAUCCAUCCGUCCAUCAUCGUCACAUAAAUAUUCUCCGUCGCCGUUACUCCGGCUCCCUUCACAGAGUCCUUCUCUGCUCUGAAUCUCUCUCUCUCAAGCGUCUAGAUUUCAUAUAGACUCAUCAUCCAUUCAACUCAAUCAUACUUCUCUAAUUUCAGAGAGAGAAGUAAGAGAGAGAGAGAGAGAGAGAGAGAGAGGGAGGGAGUGUGUGGGUGAGAGGGAGUUCCCCCGUCGACCUCAGAGAUGCAGUUCGCGAACGGUUCUGAUCCGCAACAGCAGAAUCAGCAGCAGGCGCAGCCGCCGCACCCUCCGCCGCCGCCGCCGCCGCCGCUGCCUCAAUGGAUGGCUAUGCAGUACUCUGCGGCGGCAAUGGUAAUGCCGCACCCCAUGAUGCCUCCGCAUUAUCCGCCGCAGUACAUCCCCUUCCACCAUCAUCAGCAUCAGCAGCCGCCGCCGCAACAGCCGCAGGGAUCCAACGGUGAGAAUAAGACGAUCUGGGUCGGGGACCUUUAUCAUUGGAUGGACGAGAAUUACCUCCAUAGCUGCUUCGCUUCCACGGGAGAGCUUGCCUCCAUUAAGGUUAUUCGCAAUAAACAGACUGGUUUAUCUGAGGGUUAUGGGUUUGUGGAGUUCUUUUCACAUGCUACCGCCGAGAAGGUUCUUCAGACCUAUACAAACAUUCUGAUGCCUAAUACAGAUCAGCGCUUCCGUCUAAACUGGGCAACAUUUAGCACGGGUGAUAAGCGUUCAGAUAAUGGUUCUGAUCUUUCUAUAUUUGUAGGAGAUUUAGCUUCAGAUGUUACUGAUAGCUUAUUGCAUGAAACAUUUGCUAGUAGAUAUCCAUCUGUCAAAGCUGCUAAAGUUGUCAUUGAUGCCAAUACUGGCCGUUCUAAAGGUUAUGGUUUUGUGAGAUUCGAAGAUGAUAAUGAGAGGACACAGGCCAUGACUGAAAUGCAUGGUGCAUAUUGUUCAAGCAGGGCCAUGCGCAUUGGCGCUGCAACUCCUAGGAAAUCGUCUGGAUAUCAACAACAAUAUUCACAAGGUGGAUAUGCAUCAAAUGGUGUCUCAGGCCAAGGUGUCCAAUCUGAUGGGGAUUCUACAAACACAACGAUAUUUGUUGGAGGUCUUGAUCCUAGUGUCACUGAUGAAGAUCUCAGGCAGCCAUUCACCCAGUAUGGUGAGGUAGUGUCUGUAAAAAUACCUUCUGGAAAAGGAUGUGGGUUUGUGCAGUUUGCUAACAGAAAUGAUGCCGAAGAAGCACUGCAGAAAUUGAAUGGGACAAUAAUUGGAAAGCAAACAGUGCGGCUUUCUUGGGGUCGUAAUCCAGCGAAUAAGCAGUUGAGAGCGGAUUUUGGCAACCAGUGGAGUGGAGCAUACUAUGGAGGGCAGGUUUAUGAUGGUUAUGGAUAUGCUCUGGCACCACCCCAUGACCCAACAAUGUAUGCAGCAACCCCCAUGACGUAUGGGGCUUAUCCUAUGUAUGGCAACCAUCAACAGCAAGUCAGCUGAAUGAGCUAGGAGAGACUACUAGUUUUAGCAAAUAGACGUAUCAGGCGCUGCAAAAAGGAAAUUAGACACCACAUUAUAAUGGGCACAUUUGCCUCAUUUCUCUGUAGUCUUAUUUGGUUGUUUCUAUAGAAUUUUAAUUAACCCCUCUGGCUGUGGAGUGGGAGCUGAAUUUUGACAAACACCCGAAAUAGUUGUCUUAGGCGAUUCGAGAUUAAUUAUUUUUUUAGAUUUGAGGAAGUUAAUGAGGAACUUCGCUUCUGAAUA